AACUGAGCGCAGUACAAAGGUUAUGUCUACGGUUGUCGCAUGGUCUGAUUGAAAUUCGUCUAUGAUCAAUAUUCCUUCUUCCUUUCUGGUUGCUAAGAAGUGUCUCGAUGCCCGGAGAAGUCGUCGCAGACGAAGCUUUCGUAAGUCUUGUGACUAACAACAGUUACGCCAAUGGCGCGCUUGUUCUCGGCUACUCCCUCAGACGAGUCAAUACCACAAGAAAGCUGGUUCUUCUCGUUGCUAAAGAAGUUCUGGAACCGACCAGGUACGAAUCCCCAAUAAUAAAUCAACUUUAAUCUUCUCUUUUGAGCAAGAUCUCGUACACAGACAGCAAUCUUUUGUUCAUUUUCAAUUUUUUGUUUUCUGCAAUUUAUGCAAGUUUCACAACCUGACAUGAGUUAAGUGUUGUGCUCAGUUGGCAUUAGGCGAGCUUCAAAUUACCUAGAUGUCAGGCUGUAAUAUCGCAUUUUCACCAAAGGAACUUGUACAAAAAUAUAUCAAUGUCUUUUGAUGAUAUAUUCGCCCAAGAAAACCGCCAGAUGUGUUCCUCGCAUCUGCUUGCUUCAGACAGCCACUUCCUUCACUCGAGGGGAUAGCUAUGUUUGUUUACGCAAACUGUUUCAAAAUGGAAUCCAAUUACUAAUGCAACCCACUUGUGAUUGUAAUAGAUUGACAGGGUGAAGUGCAGGAUUUUCUCAUGUAAAGCUAUUUUUUUUUAUUUUGCCUUUCAACAACUUCAAAUAGUCAACAGUUCAUGUUAGGAAAACUUAUGUAAUACACCUUUUUCCUCAAAACACACCGUCGGAGACGAAUCAGGGUUUGUACAGUUUAUGAUGAAUCUGGAAAGAUAUACGAUUUUCUUAUUUCAUUUCGCAAGCCUAGGAAGUUCUGGAACGUCUUAAUUUGUGUGGGAAAUGAAUUGUGAAAAAAUCUGAUUGAAUUGACAUUUUCAUUAUGAAAAUCGGUCAUGCAAAACUUCAGAAUGGUUCUCGUUAAAGACAUGAAAGAGUCAUUCAUUUUUGCAAAAUUGAAAGAGCAUGAACCUUGAAAAUGAAGUGUAGAAGAAGAGCCACAAAUUUUGCUGUAGUUUUUUGCCUAAAGUGCUAACAAAUCAGUAUCCAAAUAUGAAAGUUUGUUGGCUGAAGAGGACAUAAAAAGAAGACAUUUUUCUCAAACAGGCUCAGAGUGUGAAGGCCUUGGAGGUUAUAGCAAACCUCCCCCCCCCUCCCCCCCCCCCCCAUCCAGAUUUUUUUUUUUUUUUAAGUACUCCUUAGGACCUUUUCAGGUUGCAAUCCAAUGCUUGUAUCUUUUUAUUUGAUUGUGCUUCUAGAUACAUUUUUACAUGUGAGUUAGAACAACAAAAACACUGUGCUUGCAUUGUAUUCCAGGCAACGUCUUGCCCGAGUUUGGGAUCACUUAGAAAUUGUGGAUGUUCUUGACAGUGGUGAUGCUGUAAACUUAGCACUCUUAUCAAGACCAGAGCUUGGUAUAACCUUUACAAAAAUUCACUGUUGGAACUUGACACAGUAUAGAAAGUGCGUGUUCUUAGACGCUGAUACUUUAGUGGUUCAGAACUGCGAUGAACUCUUUGAGAGGGAUGAGCUGUCAGCUGUUCCAGAUAUUGGCUGGCCUGACUGUUUCAAUUCUGGUGUAUUUGUGUUUGAGCCAUCCAGAGCAACCUAUGAAGCUAUCUUGGAGUAUGCUGUUCAGAAUGGAAGUUUUGAUGGUUAGCUCUAUUUAACUCUCUACACCCUAACAUCAGUAUGUAUUUUCCCCAUACUGUUCUCUAUACAUUUCCCACGGUGCUGACAAGGAGAAUUUGUUUAACAAUCAUUAUUAUUUUGACCUCAAUGUUUGAUUCAGAGGUGAUAUUACAAGGAAGAAUUAGAUGCUGGUCACUCUCAGGGGAGUGUAAGUGUUAACUACCAGAAGUAAAUUGGCCUUGGAAAGUUGUCGAAAUCUGUUUAACACAAGCAAUAAAGUUUUCAGAAUUUAUGUUAUAAGAAAUGUAUGUAGACUGUAAAGAGAGUUGAUUUUGAAAUCUCAGGAGUAAAAGGGUUUAAGAUGAAGUUUGGAGUCCUGGAAAAAUCAAUAUGAGUCCCAGAAAAAUCCUAAAAGUCAUUGAAAUUUGUUUCUGAGAAAGGGUAGGAACCCUGUGACUGGGUAGGUCAUUUGGGUCAAUUUCAGACUAUCCUUUGGUGCUCCGUGUUACCAAUAGACUGUAUCACACUUUCACCAUUUUAAUAUGAUACUCAUUUUUUUUCUCAACAACAGGGGGAGAUCAAGGACUUCUGAAUUCAUUUUUCAGCAACUGGAGAACAGCACACAUAUCUCGGCACUUGUCAUUUAUCUAUAACAUGAAUUCCAACGCCAGUUACACUUAUGCUCCAGCUUUCCAACAGUAAGGAACAUUGUAGAGUAUUUUUGAUCAUUUGGUGCAACCAAGGACAGAUUUUGAAAAUUAUAUGUUACUCCUUCCUGUUACCCAACAACAUGAAAAUUCUACAGGCAUCUGAUACAAGAUGAAUGCUAAGCUUUUUAUAGCUCUUGUCAGUGCUGGUAUGCUUACUCUACUUUUCCUUGAGUAAGUCAUUCCUAUCACUUCCCUUUUGUUAGUGAGAAUGAACCAAAACAAGACAGAAAGAAAGAAUAUUGGCUAAGGGUCAGCCAGAUUUCUGGAAAAUCCUGCUUGGUUCCUCAACCCAAUCUAAUCCCAACCCAAUGUUUGAAGCAUUAUCAGAAGUAUUGAUCCAAAGAAUACUUUUCUUGUUGUAGGUUUGGUAGGGAUGUAAAAAUAGUUCACUUCAUAGGGCCCCUUAAACCCUGGCAUUACACAUAUAACUCUGAGACCAGCAAUGUGUACACGCCAUCUAGAGGUCAGGGUUAUGUUCCACACGAGCGAACUUUCCUGCAGCUAUGGUGGGACAUUUAUGUCACAUUUGUGCGGCCUGAAAUGAGAGUAAGUGAAAUUGUCUGUUGUCAAAUUGGAAUUAAUCUGGUGCUUGUCAGGAUAAUGUGCAUCAGAGUUGAUGUUUGCUGAGUUAGUCUGAAAGAGAUAGCAGUUUCAUUGGUGUUGUUAAUGGUUGUGUGUGUUGUUCCCUGUAAGUUGUCUCAGUGUUCAGCAUCUAUAGAUAGAAUUUUCAAAUUGGUGGGUAAUAACAAUAAAUAAAAUUGUGAUUGAUUUAAUUGCACAUUAAAUCACAUGCAAGAACUAGUUAACCCUUUAACUCCCAAGAUCUGAUUGUCAAUUCUCCCCACUAGCUGCUACACACUUCCUUGUUAAUUGUUUAUUAUGAGAAUUAGGUGUUCAAUCAAGGUAAUGAAUUGUACCUGAUGAGUUUGAGUAUUCUCAUUACCUGUUUGCUGUAUAAUGUACGGAUACUCUAGGGAGAAGUUACAUGUCAAUCACUUCUGGGGGUUGAAGGGUUAAGACUAGCUAUACUCAAGUAAAUGGUAAUUGAAAUUGUUACAUAUUAAAGUAGCACUAUUAUAAUGGUAAAUUGGCUUAAACUGUAAAUAAUUUGAUGCACGCACAUCACUUUUUAGUGUUUUAAGUCUUUUAGGUGUUUGAAAAAAAAACAUUCUUAAAAGUAGUCAGUAGAAAGUAUCACCUGUAAUGAUGAUAAAGCACUUCCGAGAUUUACAUUUGCUAUUAAUGAAAUCUGGUUUAUUUGUGUUCAUGUAUUUGUCAUCCAGUGUGUCUUGUCUGAAAAAAAAUGAAAAAGUGGGAAGACAUAUUUACCAAGAAGAACAGUUCUUGUUUAUUAGUCAUGUCAUUAUUAUUAGUCAUUUUGUUUUUUUUUUUUUUUUUUUUUGGGGGGGGGGAACCUUGCUUUGCUGAGAUGAUCUUUUUUCAUUCAUACAUGUAUCAUGCAUUGUUCGCUGUGGCCUAUCCAAUGAGUUUAUCAUUCUCAGGACCAUUUUUACUUGUCUUGCUUAGCAAUGCCAUGGUGGCGGAGGUGGAGACUCUUCACGCAGUGAUCAUUUCCAGCCUGCACCGCACUAUCCCCCUCAGCACCAUUUUGAACACACUCCACCCCCUCAUCAAUUUGAACAUGAACCUUUCAUACCCCCACCCCCACCCCAACAGCAUUAUGAAACACCACAUCACCCUAACCCACCCCCUCAACAUCAUGAAUCUCCACACCACCCCCAACAGGAAAACCAUCCACCCCCACCCCCUCCUCACAGCUGGCCAACAGAGACGCCUCAAGGUUUUCAAGAUGUUCCAGCAAUUAAACAUGUAGGCAUUAUUUGUGCAAGUGUGUGCUUGUGUGUGUUUACUUUGGUAUAAAUUGUACCAUGUGCAAUUUAUGCUACAUGCAUGUGUGUGUGCUGCAUUGAAACAUGUUUAUUUGCAUUACAUUUCUUGUACUCUUUACUUUGAGUUGAGAUUUCUGCUUUGUGCUUUGUGCAUGCUGCCUCAUCCCACUUAUGAUAAAUCAGUCUAACCUCUUUAUUUAUACAGGUUUUAAUACAAACUUAAUGUAUCAGUAAGCAUCCAAAUUUGAGGGACUAUUUUUGUAAAUAUUUUUAAAUUACUGAGCUAAUUAUGUAUGUACAUGCAAAGGCUUAAUUUAUACUGUUGUAAAUAUCAAAGUGCACUGAAACAUCAAGCUUCUUUGUAUUCCCUAUGGUGCCGCUGGCAGCUUUUAUCAUAUGUGUAACUUAUGGUUUAAUGUUAAUAGAAAUGUCUAUAUUAAUUUUGCAAACAUUGAUAGUAUUGGUAAUAGUUGCAUAAAAGUAUUGCUUUGGAUACUAACUUUUACAAUACUGCUGUUAAUUGGCACAGUGUUAGAUAAGAAUUGAGAUAUCUUUCCUUUUACAGCUGGGAUAACUGUAGAAUUAAGAAAUCAAAAACAUGAAAAUUGAUCCAAGAUGAGAAGUCCAUUACAGUUACAACAUAAAAGAGGACAAAAUUGCACUGUUUCACUAAGAUGUUCAAAUUUCUUGUCAAAUACCUUGCUGUUUGUUAAGUCACUGAUUUCUAAUUGGUUACAUUUCUUUCCUGCAAGUCUUAAAUUCAGCCAUUUAAUGUUUUUAAGACUGUCUUGAUCUCUUUUCAAUCCAUUUCCAGGAGGUGGAAGGGCUAGCCAAUGGAUUGUCAGAUAUUUACAUCUCAGAUCAUGUUGUCUCGGAUUCAAACCCAGAGGUUCAAGAAAUUUCACAUCAACAGGCAUGGGAAAGAGGCGAAAUUGAUUACAGAGGUCGUGACAAGUUUGAAAAUAUCCAGAAGAAGAUUCAAGAAUCUAUAAAUGUGUUGAGAGAUCCCACUGAGGCACCCAUGGUUUUGUUUUAAGAGGCAAAAGAGGGCACUGUCCUCAAGAUUUCAUGUGAGAAUUUUCCUUUUAUGAGAGAACCUUAGAGAUGGAGGCAGUUGUGGCCAAGAAUGAAGGGUCAGUGUGUGGUGUUAAAUGAUCACCAGUUAUGUCGUAAAGAUUGAAACCAAAAAAAAAAUGAUCCCAUUGAUUGGGCAAACCUUUCUCUUGUAUUGAAUACAGUCGAAUAAUAUAUUUGAAAGGAAUUGUUUGUUUUACGUGGUAUAUAAACCCCAAAUUUUAUUGUAACUUGUGGGAAAUGCAUAGGGAGUGAAACCAAAAACAAAAGCAUGAAAGUGAUGAUCCCAUCCAUCGUGCAAUCCUUUCUCUUGUGUUGAAUACAACAGAAUAAUAUAUUUGAAAGGUAUUGUUAGUUAUACCCUGCUCAUAAACCCAAAGGUUACUAUAAUUUUUGGCAAAUGCACUGAAAAUUAAAAUUAAUAAAAUUGAGAACAAAUUCAUGUUACAGGAUCAAUGUUGAUAUCUGAGCAGCUGUGUACCUACCCCCCUCCCCUAUCCCAACAACAGUCAAUUGAUAACAAAUGAGGGUUAAUGUUGGAUUAGGGGAGGGGUAGGUGUGCAGUUAUUUGGAUACUGACAGUGAUAUAUAGUAGUCUGUAUUUAACUAAGUAUUUUUGGUUUUGUGUCUUGUUUGUGAAAUCUAAAUUCACCCCACUCUGGGGUGAAUAUUCUAUUCAUGUUUAUGUCAAGAAUAGAUAUCAAAAGAUGUACUGCAUGUAUAUUCUUUUUAAGUGAAAUAAUUAGGGAUGUACAUUUUUCUUCUUUACAUAAGAGCUCUAUUUAUUCAUUUAGUGCAAUUCUUGAAAAUGAGCUUAGGAAUUUUGUGAAAUGUUUUAUUUUAUUGUGGUAAUAAUCUUGUGAUAAUCAGUAUUUAGAUUGUUUCUAGAGUGCUGUGAAAUACGACAGUGCAUGCAAACAUGCAAACAAUUGUGUCACUGUAAUAAAUAGGAGCUUAGUCAGAUGUAAGAACCCUAGAAAACUCCCACAUUCAAGACCACCAUUUUGGUGUACUUAAUUUCUGGCGGAACCUGUAUUUGGUCGUUAAGAUCAACUUUCAAUACUAUACCCUGCAAUCUUCUCUCAAGAUUUUCAAUUUCAUUUCGUUUGUAUUGCAUGGCUUCUUUCAAAAAUAAUUACAACUAUUGCACAAACACGAGCAUUCUAAAAUAGUAGGAUUACAUCAUAUCAAAUCAAAUUUGGUGCUCAGGAAUAAAAUAAU